AUGCAAAAUUCGGAGGGUCCUUCGGCGUUAUCUACAGUGUCUCGACGACAACAACGACGAGCAAUGUUUAUUCUAAGAAACUCGAGGCGCUUGAGCGCAGAGGAGAAUGUGUUAUACAAGACAAAACUCUGUACAUAUUAUGAACGACAGGGCUCAUGCAUAUUAGGUGAAUCUUGUCAGUUUGCUCACGGAAUCAAUGAACUGCGGCAACCACAAGAUCACCCUAGGUAUCGCACGAAGGACUGCAUGGAGUUCACAAUAAUGGGACUUUGCCGAUUUGGUGACAAAUCAAGUCAAUGCGGUGAUCUAGGGCCAUUCAGGGAUCGAAAUGAACACCACACCUUAGCCGUGACUCAAAAAUUGACAGAAAUGAACAUGUACCAAGUCGCAUAUCGUUUGCUGAUUAUCCGCAAUGGCUAUUUCACAAUUGGGUCUCAGAUAUAUGCUGUGAAAACGGUGUCGUUGCCGUAA